GGUUUGGUUAUAGAAAAUCCAAAACUAACCAGAGUUAUUUACUGAUAUCGGCGUUAAUCAAGUAUACUUGGGCACAAAACAAUUCUGUCUCAAUUUAAUUCAUCGGAAAUAGCCAAAAAUGUCCGCUGAAUUAGUAGUUUCGGGUCUACCAGGCGAUGUGACUUUUCCGAAAAUCUUAAGCUUUUUCCGGAUGUCAUUAAAAAGAAUACACAUAAAGCAAUUCUGGAUACGCGAUAUCGCGGACGUGCAGGGUUAUUUAAAGCAGAUAACUAUCAAGUUAAAUACCAUUGCCGACGCACGUAAAGCUCAGAACUAUUUGGACAAUAUGCCGUUUAACUUUAAUAUGAUGGAGUACCCAAUGCAGGCGUAUAUUCCUGGAAACCAGCAGGAAUCCAUGAAUUUUGUGAACGAGGAUGAAUUAGAAGACUGGGGGCGCAAGCGAAGGCCGAAGCGUACGCGGCCGCGGUCUCGCAGCCCGGGGUACACGCAGGAGGCGUCUAAGCUUGAUAUGGAAAUAGAGUUACUGAGGAAGCAGAGGCAGGUAAUUGAAGAAGAGAGAAGAUUGCUUAUGGAGCAGAAGAAAUUGGAGAUGAUCAAGGAAUACGGGCCGAGCGUCUCGCGAGAUUACGAUAAUUUCAAAGAUUACGAACCACCUCGCAAGAGACGCCAGCCUGAACCUGUGCCAAAAGCUAAAAGGCCUCAUCAGGAGACCCAGAGGGCCCCAAAAAUCACCAAGGGCCCCAAAAACCAACCCCGCUUGCCCCUAUUCUUCCAACCGUGCAAAAAGCUUAUAGGCCAAAUGAGACCUAUCAUAGAAAAGGAUACUACUCCCGAAGAAGCUGAAAUACUGAUUAAACUGAUCAGAGCUGCUAUAAGGAAGGAUUUGGCUAUAGCUUUAGAGAAUCAAGAAUACAUGAAACAUGCGGAGAUUGUUGACUUGUACAGAAAAAGACAUCCGCCAGAACAAGAUGAAGCAUUUGUUGCUAAAAUUUUGACCAAUAUAAGAGCAAGUUUUCUGACUCCUGAAGUGAAAGUUAAAGAGGAAAAAGAUGAGGAUGAAGUCCCAAAAGACACAGAAAAUCAAGUAAAUGACCAAAAGGGGGAAGCCGAUCAAAAGACACCGGGGGAUAUACCGGAAAAUGGAGAAAAAGAAACAGAUGUCGCUACCGCUACAGCAGACGGUGCCGUGACCGAACCACAGUCUCAAGAUCUAGGAGCUCCUGUAGAUAAACUAGAUGCUACAACAGACGGUGCCGUGGCCGAACCAAAAUCUCAAGACCUAGAAACUCCUGUAGAGAAACUAGAUGCUACAACAGAUGGUACGGUGACCGAACCAAAAUCUCAAGACCUAGAAAAUCCUGUAGAGAAACUAGAUGCUACAACAGAUGGUGCGGUGGCCGAACCAAAGUCUCAAGAACUUAAUAACCCCAUAGAGGGAGCUGACAAUACGAAUGGUACUGCGUUCAUUGCAGCCGAUAAUAGCGUGUUGGAUGACAUGAAGGCUGAGGAAGAAUUGCUGGCAGAUGAGGAUCCAAAGACGGCUGACGGGGCUGCAGAACAGUGA